AUGAAAACUUCACCUUAUUUAUAUCAAUGGCGGCUUCCAUUAGCCUUUUUAGCUGUUUUCUUAACCACUGUGGCUGCAACACCCUUCAACAUAACGAGGCUGCCAGAAGGAAGACAAUCUAGAAGUGGUGGAAUUGUGUCUAAGGCCCUCCCAGAGGACUUUAAGAGGCUGUAUUAUCAGCAAACACUUGAUCACUUCAACUACAAACAAGAAAGUUAUCAGAGAUUUCAACAGAGAUACGUAACGCUUGACAAAUAUUGGGAUAAAGCAGAUGGUGCAAAGACUGCACCAAUUUUUGCAUAUCUUGGCGAUGAAAACUCGUUAGAAUCGCGGAUCGGGCUCUUGCAAGAUUAUGCUAUAAAUUUUAAUGCUCUUCUGGUGUACAUAGAGCACCGAUAUUAUGGGGAAUCAAUUCCAUUUGAAGUAAAAUCUCUGGGAUACUUAAAUUCUGCUCAGGCUUUAGCAGAUUAUGCAGAGAUUCUCAUUCAUAUAAAGGAAAAGAACAAUGCUCUUGAAUCUCCUAUUAUCGUCAUUGGAGGAUCAUAUGGUGGAAUGCUUGCUUCUUGGUUUCGACUAAAAUAUCCUCAUAUUGCACUUGGAGCCCUGGCCUCCUCUGCUCCAAUUCUCUACUUUGAUGAUACAAUGCGGCAGAACAAGAUCACUUCAGCGAUAUCUCAGAUAUUCAAAGAAGUUAGCAAAACUUGUUAUGAGACUAUAAAACGAUCUUGGUCUGAAAUUGAUGAAGCUGCUUCCACACCCAGAGGUCUAACAAAGCUUAGCAACACAUUCCAAACUUGCAGGGAGUUGCGCUAUUCUUCUGAACUCAAGAAUUUCUUAGAAUCACUGUACAUGAAAGCUGCUCAAACUGGGCAACCCGUAGUGAAAGAUAUAUGUGAAAGUAUUGAUAAAACUCCUAAUGAAGAUGGCACUGAUCUCAACAAAAUAUUCGCAGCUGUUGUUGCUGUGUCAUCAGAUGAUCAUACACACUGUUAUGUCAAUCCCCCAAGUGCUUUAGCCUUGGAGUGGCAGAGAUGUAGUGAGAUUAUGAUGCCUAAAGGCCAAGGAAGAAGUGAGACUCUGUUUGAGCCUGCUCCUCCCAAUCAAAUGGAGAUCAUGACCAAAGACUGUCAGUCCUUGUAUAGUGUCACACCUCGCCCUCACUGGCUCACAACUUACUAUGGCGGUCAUAAUAUGAAAUUGAUUCUCAAAAGUUUUGGUAGCAACAUUAUUUUCUCCAAUGGAUUGAAGGAUCCUUUCAGUCAUGGGGGGGUGUUAGAGGAUAUUUCGACUACAAUUCAUGCUGUGAAGAUAGAAGAAGGGGGUCAUUGCGAAGACAUAUUUCCAAAUGAUGAUGCUAAUUCGCAACGGCUAGCCCUUGUGACCAGAGAUGAGUAUAAGAUAAUUCAAGAAUGGAUUACUCAAUACGAUACAGAUCGUAAAUCAAGCAGUGACUGA